GCGCAUUGGUGUUUAAUUGCUCCAGCCAUGCAGCGCGCGCUGGUCUUUACUACUCUCAGCGGAUUUGCUCUUCGGAAAAAACUUUGCUCUCUGACUCUCCGUCAGACUGCAGCCAUGUCUACGCUUCUUAUCAACCAGCCGAAGUAUUCUUGGCUGAAAGAACUGGGUCUGAGCGAAGACAACGAUGGCGUGUACAACGGGACGUGGGGAGGUAAAGGAGAGGUGGUCACAUCAUACUGUCCUGCCAACAAUGAGCCCAUCGCCAGAGUCCGACAGGCUACCCUGGCUGAAUAUGAAGAAACUGUACAGAAGGCACGAGAGGCGUGGAAGGUUUGGGCAGAUGUCCCUGCUCCAAAAAGAGGGGAGAUUGUAAGACAGAUUGGAGAUGCCCUGAGGAAAAAGAUCAAAGUUCUUGGCAGCUUGGUGUCUCUGGAGAUGGGGAAGAUCUACGUGGAGGGGGUCGGUGAGGUGCAGGAGUAUGUCGAUGUGUGUGACUACGCUGUCGGACUCUCCCGUAUGAUUGGCGGUCCAGUUCUACCCUCUGAAAGACCAGGCCAUGCCCUGAUUGAGCAGUGGAACCCUGUGGGUCUGGUGGGCAUCAUCACUGCCUUUAACUUCCCUGUAGCGGUGUACGGCUGGAACAAUGCUAUUGCUCUGAUCUGUGGCAACGUCUGCCUCUGGAAAGGAGCCCCGACCACGCCUCUCACCAGUGUAGCAGUGACUAAAAUUGUUGCUGAGGUGUUGGAGCAGAAUAAGCUUCCUGGUGCUAUCUGCUCUAUGACAUGUGGUGGAGCUGACAUUGGCACAGCACUCGCUAAAGACGAGCGGGUCGACCUCGUGUCUUUCACUGGCAGCACUCACGUGGGCAAACAGGUGGCUCUGAUGGUGCAGGAGCGGUUUGGUCGACAGUUGCUAGAGCUGGGAGGGAACAAUGCCAUCAUCGUUUUUGAGGAUGCUGACCUUAACCUGGUAGUGCCUUCAGCUCUCUUUGCCUCUGUGGGAACUGCAGGUCAGCGCUGUACCACUACUAGGAGACUGAUGCUGCACGAGAGUGUUCAUGACGAGGUCGUGGAAAGGUUAAUCAAAGCCUACAAGCAAAUCCGCAUUGGAGACCCCUGGGAUCCUAGUACUCUGUAUGGUCCCCUGCACACCAAGCAAGCGGUGGACCAGUACCUGGCAGCCAUAGAGCAGGCCAAGCAGCAGGGCGGCACUCUGGUUUGUGGUGGAAAGGUCAUGGAUCGCCCCGGUAACUACGUGGAGCCUACCAUCUUCACUGGUCUCCCACACGAUGCCCCCAUCGUUCACACAGAAACCUUUGUGCCCAUUCUCUAUGUGAUCAAAUUCAAGACGGAAGAGGAGGCAUUUGCCUGGAAUAAUGAAGUCAAGCAGGGUCUUUCCAGCAGCAUCUUCACAAAAGACAUGGGCAGAGUGUUCCGCUGGCUGGGACCUAAAGGCUCAGACUGUGGCAUUGUUAAUGUCAACAUUCCAACCAGUGGAGCUGAAAUUGGAGGAGCCUUCGGAGGGGAAAAGCACACAGGAGGAGGACGUGAGUCAGGCAGCGACUCAUGGAAGCAGUAUAUGAGGAGGUCCACGUGCACCAUCAACUACAGCAAGGACCUCCCACUGGCACAAGGAAUCAAGUUUGAGUGAACUGUAAUUAAGUAAUACGGUUACCAUGAAAAAAAAGAAAACGA